UUUGAGGCCCAUGACAUAGUCAGCCUCGGUGAUGAGUAUUUCCUGCAAUACGUGGCGCCUCUUGUUCGCGCGGAUCUCUGCCUGAUCAUCGACGUACUGGCUGGAUGUCGGGCGAGAGCUGUCGGCUGAGAAUCGAGCAUCUGAGAGGCUGCUCUGGCCAGCAGUACUUUGUGUUUUUCCUCGAGAUCUUCCAAAGCUGCGGCUCGUAAUGCUCAGGGUGGUGGUCUUCACUGUUCCCAGCUGAGAUGAAUGCCAUGACAACAACGAGUCUCGGCGACCAGCCGGGUUGGGCGCGGCAAAUUCAUUUGGCGAUGAUUCGAACCAGCCUGGUACGUGUCUUUCCGGAAUUGUCGGAGGCACCCUUCUGCGAGUCCGGAAACUGUCCAUCCAUUUCUUGAAUGGAUGGGAGGCAUUCGAUCUCAAUGGCACCGCAUCUUCCCCCUUCUCUGCCAGAAGCUGCUCAGUUUCAUCUUCCACGGGAAGCUCAUCAGUCUCGAUUUCAAUCGUAUCGAUAUUGGUGUUUUCCAUCCUGCAAUAAAGCGGCAAGUGUGCUCGAUUGAUGUCGUAUACUCGCAGCUGGAGUCAUAGAGAUUAAGGGCCGCCCCGGGAAGUCAAUGUAAACACAGUCUUACCAGAAGCUGCUGCACCCGAAGUUGAAGUACUCAUUGUCCGGCAGUCGCGAGGGAGGCCGCAACUUUCGAGGAAAGUGGGUGCCGCAGACGAGAAAGGAAGGCUCUCUUUCUCUUUCGGUCUGGGCAUCAGGACGAUUGAUUCUUUCUCCCAGCCUCGCGAAGGGAAGAGCGACGAAGGGAGCACCGUGACCACAAGUCGCGCCGGCUCCAGGCAGCUGUAGAGGCCGCUGAGGAACCGACGAUUUGGAUUUGAUCCAUGUACGUCAUGACGUGAGGCAGCUUAAUAGGUGGAAUUUAAAUUCUGCCUCCAGGCCCAAAUGCGCAAGGAUGCACGCUCAUGGAGAGGCUUCUCGCUAUGAUUUCGGAAUUCCGGUUAGGCAGACACAGCCAGCCAAUUUCCGAGUACGGAUACAAUACCAGGAUCGGGGUUUGCGAACGAGACUUGUAGAGCAUAAAGUAUCUAGAUGUAUAGUUUGGUGGAGGUAUACCCGUCCAGUUGGGUUGGAGGCGCCAAGCCGCGCUUAUAAAGAGAGACGGAAAGCGCUUGGAGACCCACCGCCCUUCACGCCGCGAUUUAAUGGAGGCUGUGAUCUUCCCCACCUUCGGACUAUGGGCAUCCCCAUGGACGACAACAUUCACGCUCCAACAGUGGCCUCCGGACCGACGUCCGGGGCCACUCCCCGCGACUAUUCCAAGUUGACUAUGCCCGAUCUCAUGCAGGAGAAGGAGCGGAUUGAGGCGGAGCUGUCGGCGCUCAGCAGUGUGCUCAGCUCGCAUGGAGUCAACAUGAACUCAUCCUUGACGACAUUCGAUGGGUUUCCACGCGACGAUAUCGACAUUGCUCAAGUUCGAACGACGCGUGUGCGAAUCAUCCACCUACGAAACGAUCACAAAGAUGUCAUGAAGUAUCUUGAGAAGGGUCUCCACGCUCAUUUUGCCCAACUACAGAAUGCGCAAGCGACCGCCACCACGAAUGGCACGACCGUUCCGCCAGUCGCACCAGUGGCAGACAACAGCAUCGUGGAUGCUAGUGCUCUCGGUGCACCAUUCGCACGCGUCAACAGCGUGGAGCCCAGGAGCCCAGCAGAACAGGCAGGCUUGAAGGCCGGCGAUACUAUUCGAGGAUUUGGAGGGGUGCAUUGGCUGAACCAUGAGCGCCUAUCCAAAGUUGCUGAGACUGUGCAGCAGAACGAAGGGCGCCCGCUUACAGUCAAGGUAACCAGGAAGAAUGAAGGCGCACAGGGAACGACCGAGCUGGAUUUGCUGCUGACCCCUCGGCGCAACUGGGGCGGUCGAGGACUUUUGGGAUGUCACCUUGUUCCUUUGUCGUGACCAAAUCCGAGAUGGGUCUCUUUGCUGUUGCCGUGGCUACGGAGAAGUCCUUGGGGCGGUUUCCUUAUCUGUACGUUGCCGAUGCGAUUUUCUUGACGAAUGACGAGGCAUGACCUUACUCUGGAUGUUCUUUGCGCGUUGUAAUUUGUGUAGUUGGAAGGAAUGCCAAUUUUUUGUUGUUGGUCUUGAAAAGACGAUAUUUGUAUAUAGGUAGCUGGAUUUUUUGGUGGCAGCGAACGUCCAGAAUGGUUUAUCGGGCAUCAUGGUUUGUCUAAUCUAUGAUUCAAGGUCUGCUUACGGUCAGCCCUAUGACUUGGAAGCUAGUCAGGAUACAAUGCCGACUCUGUAUAGUCGAGUAUGGUGUUAGUCCAAAGGUGCCAACUGAUAGUACAGUCAUCGAAUUAAGACAAAUCAGAACUAUCCCUAGAAGUAACAAUCAUGGCUCUCAUCAAUUCAAU